AUAAGGACUCUGAUGGCAAACAAAAAACAAAACGCGCAAUGGGUCUCUCUCCCCGAACCCGAAACCCGACGAGCUUAUCAAGGUUGCCCGUAUAAGCUGUGCUAACUUUCGCAAGUAGCAUGAAUGUUCCGCAGAUCACAGUCAGUUUCCAGUCGAUCUUUCGUGUGUGACGAGCCAACAUCGUUUUAGUGAGUCACUAUAAAUCACCGGGGGAGAAAAGUAGGUGGUUUUAAAAUGCCGGACGCAUUCGAGAAUUACGCGACAUUUUACGAAAUGCACAGGUUGCAGAAUUCGUCUCCCAUGACACCAGGACAGCUAGACAACAUGUUCACUUAUGAUUACAGAAUGAGUACUGCGGGAAAUUAUUCUCCGUCAUCUCUGGAGUCUCCACUAGAAAUGGAGGUGACGGAACAUUAUUCCACGGAACAAUACGUGGACAUGAUCAAUCAAUCUGAAAUAAUCAGCAUUUUAACACCAGAAUUGAAAAUUAUUGUACAACCUGUAGAUAAAUUCAGAUUUAGAUAUAAGUCGGAAAUGAUGGGUACUCAUGGAAGUCUUCUGGGGGAGAGAGAGGAUAGCACUCAUAAAAAAGAAGUACCUACUGUGCAGCUUAUCAACUGUCCCAUGAAAAAUGCAGUUAUAAGGUGUACCUUAGUUACUGCUGAUGAAGAUAGAAGAUUUCCUCAUGCUCAUCAUCUAGUGAGGAAAGAUGGAAACGUUGAUAAAGACGAUCCUCAUGACAUAGAAGUAUCGGAUGAAAAUAACUACACAGCCAUGUUUUGUAAUAUGGGAAUAAUUCAUACCGCGAAAAAAAAUAUAAAAGAAGAAAUAAUUAGAAAAAAAACCAUAGAGUUAAAGGAGGAAAAAAAAAGAAAAGAUCCCAAUGAUACCACAAUCAGUAUUAGAGAAGAUUUACAGAUGAAAUGCGAAGCUGAAGAGGCUCAAAAAUGGAUGAACCUCAACAGUGUUGCUCUUUGUUUUCAAGCCUUGUAUUAUGGAGAAGACAACGUAUUGCACCCGGUAACAGACAAAAUUUAUUCUAGACCAAUAAAUAAUCUUAAAAGUGCUUUGACUGGUGAGUUAAAAAUAUGUAGAAUUGAUAAACACACUAGUUCCUGUGAAGGGAAUGAGGAAAUUUGGUUAUUAGUUGAAAAAGUAGGUAGAAAAAAUAUAAAAGUCAAGUUUUAUGAAGUUGAUGACAGAGAUAAUGUCAUCUGGGAUGCAGAAGGACGAUUCUCAGAACUAGAUGUGCAUCAUCAGUAUGCUAUUACUUUGAGAACACCUCCGUACAAAGAUCUCAACAUAACAAGUCCAGUGCAAGUUUUUUUGAAAUUAGAAAGGCCAUCUGAUGGGGAAACUUCAAAUAUCUUGAAAUUUCAUUACAAGCCAUCAGAUAAGGUUUUAAGUAGAAAGCGACCUCGUCUUUCAUCCACAUCUAAAAGUUUUGAAGAAAUUCAAAAUCGACCACUAAGUAUGCCAAUGGCAGAAACGUAUACCAAUUUCAAUGAUUUUAACGUUUCUGAAGAAAUAAGAAAACUUACAGUUGCAGAAAACUUUCCUAAAGAUUUAAAAGAUUUUGUAUUGAGCUCAUCUUUUGAGGAUUACUUAAGUUUAUUAUCAAGCCAAACUACAGAACAAGGUAAUCUUUUAACGCCUGGUCUGACUACUGAUGGCAUAGACAAAACCGAACUGGAUAAGGCAUACGAGGAUUUUGCUAAAGACACCCUGAAAAAAAUUAUGUCAGUCUUAAAAGAAAUAGAAGCUAGUCAUGGCACGCAAGAAGAAGCGACCAGAAAAGUGCAAGAUUUAUUACAAGAGACCACGUAUUACGGGGAUGGUCCCUUGCAUUUUGCAUUGCGUUAUGAACAGUAUGAGACAGCAAAAAAUAUCAUCAUGGUUUUAGCUGUCGAUCCUUCGUUGAAAAAUAUAGUUGACUUACAAAACAGUGCUGGACAGACAGCAUUACAUUUAGCUGUAUUACAAGGCAAGUCUGAUAUCGUUCGGCCUCUUUUAAAACUUGGAGCUGAUCCCAAUCAAUGUGACGAAGUGGAUGCUAACGCAUUACACUGUGCUGUAAUUGUGGAAGCCAAUGCUUGCAUUGAUGAGCUUCUGAAAUCUGAUCAAAAAAUUAACCUAGAAGCCCAUAAUGAAUCAGGUUGGUCGGCUCUGCAUUUAGCAGCAAAGGUGGGUUCACUGCACGCUGUGCGAGCACUCGUUGAGGCCAACGCCGAUAUUAAUUCUACGGAUAUGUCGUAUGGCAGAACGGCUCUUCAUAUUGCUGUUGAUUUUAAUCACAAACACAUCGUCAAAUUUCUUCUUAAGAAUACGAGUAUUGAUGUGAAUAUGAGGAAUUUUGGCGGAAACACAGCUCUGCACAGUGCCGUUGUCAAAGGUGGCAGAUGCGCUGAAGAACUGGUGAAAAUUUUGAAAGAAUACGAUGCGGAUCCUAGAAUAAGAAACAAUAAUGCAAGUCGAGAUACCGAAGAAGAACGUAGUGAUUCGCCGAUCUUAGAACUACCGAGUGAAACAAUUAGCGAACCAUCAAAUCAAUUACCAUCCGAGAAAAUAAGUGAGAGGCUUAGUAAGAGAUUUUGCGAAAUUCCAAAAGAAUGUUCUUUAAGUAAACGAUCGAGUUUACAAUUAAGUGAUCAAAGAAGUAAGCAGAUAAGGGGGGAAAUAACAUCUUCAAUGGAGUUAUUAACAACAAUCAAAAGCGAAAAUGAAAACUUUGGAGAGUCUUCGUUUGAUCUUGCAAGAAAUGAUCCAACACUGAUUCAACUAUUGAACGGUGCAGAAAGACCGCCAGAUAUUGUUCACGAAGAGUUGGAUUUAAAAGAAGAAUCUGACGAUGACAUAGCUCUGCAACAGCGAGCCAUAAUGAACAUACGUUCGAUUGUUAAAGAAAGUUUUGUCUCAAAACCAACAUUUCCUGCUAUACCUACUCCAAAAAAAAGAGGGCGUAAAAAAAAGCAGCCAAUAGAAUUACAGCAGCUGCAACAGGAACAAAAACGCCAACAACAGCUUGAACAGUUGGGACAGGGUGACGAAAAACUUACCGAAAUGCACAUAAAACGACUUACACCAGUUUUAGACAAGACUGGAGAUUGGGAAAAAUUGGCACAACACAUGAGCCAAGGAUCGCUAAUCAGACUGCUCAAAAAAGCAGAUAGCCCAUCGACAUCACUUUUUAGAAAGCUAAAAUUGACACAUCCGAAUUUAACCGUUCGACAAAUGAAAAAACUUCUCAUUGAAGUUCAGUCCUUCGAAGCAGCAACUGAACUUGAAAUAAGAUGAAAAAACGAAAAAGAUGAAAGAUGAUUUUUUUUUA